AUGCACGGCUUGCCAAUGACGGCUUCUUUGAAUGGAUUGGUGUUGCAGGUGUUCCGACCGUACCGUGCCAGCUCGCACGACAUGUGCCGCUUCCACUCGGAAGAGUACAUUGACUUUCUCGAGCGAGUCACGCCGCAGAACAUCCAGACCUUCACCAAGAGCCUGAGCCACUUCAACGUGGGCGACGACUGCCCUGUGUUUGAUGGUUUGUACGACUUCUGCUCGAUGUACACGGGGGCCUCUCUGGAGGGAGCUGUCAAGCUCAACAACGAGUGCUGCGACAUUGCAAUCAACUGGUCUGGUGGCCUGCAUCAUGCGAAGAAGUUUGAAGCGUCUGGCUUCUGCUACGUCAACGACAUCGUCAUCGCCAUUCUCGAGCUGCUCAAGUACCAUCCGCGAGUGCUCUACAUAGACAUCGACAUUCACCACGGGGACGGUGUGCAGGAGGCCUUCUACCUGACGGACCGGGUGAUGACGGUGUCGUUCCACAAGUACGGCAACUACUUCUUUCCGGGCACUGGCGACAUGUACGAGCUUGGCGCCGAGAGUGGCCGCUACUACUCUGUCAAUGUCCCCCUCAAGGAAGGCAUUGACGAUGCCAGCUACUUUCAGGUGUUCAAGCCCGUGAUCCAGGGAGUGAUGGAGUUUUUCCAGCCGAGUUGCAUCGUGCUGCAGUGUGGGGCUGACUCGCUGGCAGGCGACCGACUGGGAUGCUUCAACCUGAGCAUCCGCGGCCAUGGCGAGUGUGUCAAGUUCAUCCGCGAGCUAGGCCUGCCACUGCUGGUGCUUGGUGGUGGCGGAUACACGGUGCGCAACGUUGCACGUGCCUGGACCUACGAGACGUCACUGCUGCUGGAUGAGCCAGUUAGCUCGGAGAUUCCCUACAACGAAUACUUUGAGUACUUUGCCCCCGACUUUACCCUGCACCCAGAAGUGGUCACUCGGCAGGUGAGUGGUCUUGCUAGGCAGGGCUUGAACAGCGGUUGA